GUGUGUGUUCAUACCCUUUUCAUUUAUGAUGAUGUGACUGUUGUAGAUUCGCCUGUCCGUCUCCCAGUCAUGCCCUCUCUCAUGAAACCCUCCAAGAGAGAGCCACACGCUCAGCUUCCUAAGAAAGGACAGAUGUGGAUUAACUGUGGAAAAACACUCAUCAAUAACAGAACAAGAUGAGAUGAAGUCCCCCAUUCAAUAAUUAUUAUUAGACGAGGAUGUAAUAGAAAUGAAUAGAAUAGACAACCACACUCAGUAGCUAGGAGUACUCACUUGGCGAGCAGUGUGUAGCGUGAGAUAAUGUCUCCCGUUAGCCUCUCAGACAGAUUCAGGGUCUCCUCUCGACUAGAGCCGAUGUAGUCAAACCCCUCAGGUAGGAAAACCAUGCUGGCUCCACCCUCUUUUGCCGCCUGCACCAAUCGCUUGCAGGCAGUGAAGUUGGCCUCCUUAUCAGGGGUUGCGGACACCUGGCACACCGCUGCCACUGGAUGAGUCGAUGAUGAUGACAUCCUGGUAAGAAAGAAACUUGAGUUUACAUUAAGUCGGGCGGCAGGUAGCCUAGUGGAUAGAGCAUUGGGCCAGUAACUGAAAUCUUGCUAGAUCAAAUCCCAGAGCUGACAAGGUAAAAAUCUGGCAUUCUGCCCCGGGACAAGGCAGUUAGCCCACUGUUCCUAGGCCAACAUUGUAAAUAAGAGUUUGUUCUUAACUGACUUGCCUAGUUUUUUUUAAAGUCAAGCAUCUAAAGGGUUAGUGUAAGAGGUAAAAAAAUAUGUGGCUAGUUAUAAUAGCUGAACAUUCCUAAUUGACCUACAUUCACAAGUCAGUGACACUAGUAGACCUUGACAGAAAAUGAAUUAAAGGCAAUACAUUUUUAUUUUAGAAUAACCUAUUCAAUCCUAACCCCCCAUUUAAUGGGCUAUGUUAACAGACACAUGCAUUGUAAACAACGUUAAAAGGUUGACUGGUGUCGUUACCUUUGAUGCACCCCUAUGCAGCUCGAGCCCCAAGGAGAAUGACAGUCCAGUAAAUGUUUCACCCGAGUUCUUCUCAAACUGCACCUGAGCACGAACAUUGGCUUGACGUGUCAAAACAAAUCUGUCUGUAUCCGACUGAGCAACACCAGAAAGUAUAUUCUUUGCUCGUGCUGUACUUUGGACUCUGUUUUAAUUUCAAGUUAAUGCAAAAUCCAGUCAGUAAAGUAUCAAAACAUCAACAAUGUAACUACCUACGUUGUGUUUGCGGCGCCAAAUCGCACGACUACGAGACAAGCUAGUACAACAUUCUUCAUGUGUUGUUUUCAUUACGAUUUUCCUAACAGGCAAUCACAUGAGACAGCUCAAGAUGGUAAGCCUUGGGCCCUCAGCCCCCACCACUAGCGACACCAUUCCAAGAUGGCAGCGAACAGUAGCAGCACGGUUAGCAAACCCAGCAACAUUAUCGGGGGGAAACAAUCAGGGCCGUCGGCCGAGCAGGUUGUGGCUGCAUUUCAGAGGAUGCGCUCAGAACAGCGCAGCAUGGCCUCAAAGGCUGCAGAGCUGGAGAUGGAGAUCAACGAGCACAGCCUAGUCAUCGAGACCCUAAAAGACGUGGAUCCAACCAGGAAGUGCUUCCGACUGGUGGGCGGGGUUCUCGUGGAGAGGACGGUUAAGGAAGUCUUACCAGCUCUGGGAAGCAAUAAAGAACAGAUAUCAAAGAUUGUAGAGUCCCUCAACAUACAGAUGCAGACAAAAGGCCGGGAGCUCACUGAGUAUCGGGAAAAAUACAAUAUCCGAUUGGUGGGAGAAGGAGAGGAAGGACAGGGCAAAUCAGCAGCUACCUCCAAUGGGGUGGGUCUAAAGGCGGUGCCGGCGUUCUAGUUUCGUAGCUUUGUGUGUGGAGACUUUAGUACGAUAGGAAAUUGUGUGGAAUGCCACCGAGCAUCGAGUCAGCACAGAUCCUGGAAGGCAUUUCAAAGGCAGAGUUUGACGUGUGUCUUGCAUGAAAGAAAUUCUAUAAUUAACCAAUGUCACAAGGGCCAGAUUAUCCAGAACAUUCAUUUCAGAUCAAAGUGAUCCCUUUUCACCUGUAGUUCAACAAAACUUAAACCAACAUUUCACUUACUCUGGUUUAAUUACAAGCCUUUCGCCUUUUACUCAAGACAGUGUUUCAUCAAAAUCUUACGGGAUGAUUGUUGUAAGACAUGCCUUCUUGAUGACCAUGUAUUGAUUUGAAGUUUAUUUAUACUCUAUUGUCAGUCAUAUUUCAAUGUAUAUUAUGAUCCUGUUGUUGGGGGCUCUGUUUUUGAGGUUUGUCUCUGGCAUGCUGUAAAAUAAUGCUUGCAAAAGGAAUGACAAUCUGAUUGGAAAAAACACUUCUUAACAACGCACUGUAUUGUUUCAAUCUUUCUUGAAGGUGCACUGUGCAGAAAUAGCUCCGCUAUUUCCUCAUUGCUAAAAUUCUAGUAGUUCUCCUAAUUUCAGUUUGUGACAACAAGAAAGUGUAGAAAAUCAUUGUACGCUCUAAACUGCUGUGAAAUAUAUUUUUCCAUAACCAAAAUAUUGUAUUUCCAGCUGUUGGAAGCUGGUGUACAAAACCUAAAUUAAAAGAGGCAAAAAAUGAAGCUUAAGAUCAGGGUGCAUAGAAAGUGUGUGCACAGAACAUAUUUGCUGCUUCUUACACUUGUGUUCAAUGAUAAUGACAGAUCUAUAACUCUCAUUUCUAUGUGCAUUUGAGAAGAAAGAAAAACAGUGUGCCCAGAGUAUCUGGAUAACGUAAAAUCAGCCUCCCAAACGGCAGCCUGUUCCCUAUAUAGCGCACUACUUUUGCUGAGGGUGCCAUUUCAGACACGCCCAGUCUCUGACAGCUGAUGUAUUGGUAUAGUCUUAAGUGCCCCCAAAGUAUCUGAAGCACACAGCCCUAAACUACAUAAUCUAUCACCAUGUAUUUGUGUGGAGAAAAUUAGUUUUUUUGUGUGAAUGUUUAGGAAUAAAAAUAAAUGUUAAACAUGGUU